AUUGAAUAGAAGGAAGUGGUCGUCACUAACUUUUUUCCCUAAAGGAACAUUUCCUUUCUACGGUUAGCGCCAGCCAUCGGUGCUGUGUGGGAGCAUGUAACUUCGUUACACGAAUAAAGUGAAAAAAUGGAUAUUCGUUUCUUCAUAUUGGCUUUUACACAUGCGAUACUAUCUUUAUCUGAUGGAUUCCUGAUCAUGCAUGAUCGGAAGCAACAGUGCUUGUUGGCCAACAGUGUGAAGGUGUUGGUUGGCACCUGCAACAUGACCAACCGCUGGCAACAAUGGGAGUGGACGGAGCAGGGCAAACUGCGCCUCCUGCAGCAGGGUCAGUGCCUGACACUGGUCAACCCCACGUCCCUGCACUUUCACACCUUAACGCUGCAGGACUGCGCCGGGGCACUGCGAUGGAAAUGCUAUGACGACCAACCAGGCCUUCUCGGCCUAGCCCACCAGAAAAUGUACCUCAAAAAGAUGGGCUACUUGGCGAUAGUGAAGGCCGAGACGAAGUACUACGAUAGCUGGCUCAGAUACCAGCUCGGUGAGAACAGGAAGCCGGUUACACUGAGCAUUUGUCCAACUCAAGAAGAUUAUCAAGCCAAUGCUUUAAAGGAAGAUCCACCAUCUAUUCAGCGAAAGAAGGCCAGGUGGCAAGAUAAUGUUGCAAUCAUCUCAUACGUGUCAAUAAAAGUUUUCAAGAUGAAUAAGAAUCUAAGUAGCAACAAUGAGCAGGAUGUCAAGUCACCAGCUAUGUGGACAGAGUAUACACAACAAUUGGUAUAUGGAAGGAAGUGA